AACUAUAUUAAGUGUGCUAUUACAUUGUUCUGAAAUGCAUUGUCUCCCUUUACCUAAAGUUUGUUAUUGUAUUUAGGUUGAGGUUGGUAGAUCCACUUACCACUGGGCCUGCCGGUUUGUCUCAUCAAUGGACACUGCGCAGAAGAGUCAAUAAGGGGUUGGGAUUCCUUAUAAGCUGCCCACUAACUAUAUGCUAAAACUUCCAUGAGUUAUUCAGUUUUGCUGUUAUUUAGAACUAUGACGAGGCAAACGUGUAGGUGCUAAAAUUACUAUAUGUUUUACUGUCAUUUGAACAUCGCCCUGCCCGUUCCAACGACAGUUCUGCUGAAGACACUUUUGUAAAUGCUUUAAAUGCUUUUAGACACACAAAAGUCGUUUACCGACGUUUUGACUAAGCGGCACUGUGAAGUCGACCAUCUGGCGCAGUGCAAACGUGGACAGGUUCUCCACGAGGCGGUCUGAAACUUUGUUUUGUAAAAGAGCCAAACGGCCCGGGAGUCGCUGUAUGCGCCCUCUUUUCGCAUCAGGUUCGUUUCCAUUUCAAUGGCAGGAAAGACGUGGCUAUUGGUAGUUUUCGAGUGCGUUGUGAAUGGACUAAGCUGUAAAAUAUAUUGAUGCUGAAACCUUUCUCUAUUGACUGCCCACAGGGCGUGAACAAUCUUCAGCACAGAAAGACACAAGGCCACUGCAUGGCCAAUCUAACACAAAAGAGGUGAAACGGGCUAGAAAAUACCAUUCUCUUCCAUUCUCUCCUAUCAACCAGAGAUUUAAAACCUUCGCCUGAAGCGGGAAAGGGUGGUCAUUAUUUGGGACUUUGAGCGUACACUUAGCAGGGAAACGGAUUUCAAACAUAGGUUUUUCUCUUUGGGUCAUCGUUAAAGAGAAGUGAUUUGUUUUCCUGGGCUCCAAAUUAGAGAGGUGGGUUGCAGAUGUGAGCUUCUGUCAGUGGAAUGUAUGAAUCUGCCGUCUGCCUCUCUCUCGAGCGCCUCCAAACUUAUUUCAUAAUCAAAUGUAUGGAACUUCUUGAGGGGGACCACACGUCUCGCGAGUUUCAUAAACGUUGUGCACAUUUUAUUUAUCCUGAAUUUUACGCGCGGAUUGCCAAAAACCCAGUGUUGUCAUGGAAAUGAGUCCCACGGCUCACUCCUCAAUAACGACCAAUCCCAGGCGAGGGUUGUAAAUUGAGAAAGGGGGGAAGGCAAACUUUCUUUUCUGCGGGUGGAGGAGGAGGGGUGUUGUGGAGAAAUGCCUAACGAAGCGUGAAGCGUAACUGCAAGAGGGACAAAGACGCAUAGCGGGAGAGUAUGGCAGUAAGGACCUGGGACUUAUCAAAAUACUACGAAAAGGAAAAGACGGAGGAAGAAAUGUUCAAACUCUGUGGAAACAUUUCGACGAGUUGGAAGAUUAGAUGAAGGAUACAGAGGGGAAAGUAAUUAUCUUGCUGUUUUCUGUUCUGAGCAACGACAUACUUUGGAAGUUUACUUUUCCUAGGAAGCCUGCAGUGAUUAGCCACCAAAACUAACCACGCGGUUUGUAUGGUCCCGAUUUGCUAUACAAGUUGUCUGGAAUCCAACAUAUGGGUGAAAUCUUGUGCCGAGACUAUUAGGCUACUUAUUGGUCGUUUGGAAGAGUAGUUUGAGUUUGCAGCCUGCGCUCCUACAUGCAUGAACAGGCUUUUUGGUUCAUUCUAACUCUAUGUUUUUAUUUACAAGAAGGCCUACAUGAAUGUCCAGACACAAUCGCAGGAAAAGUGCGCAUUGGUUAACCAGACGUGUACCAAGAAUGAAAUUUUGUUAUAGCGCUCUGGCGCUUUUCUUUUCGUUCGUGGUGUUGGAUGCGCAGUUAGUUUGCUGGCAAGCGUUACUCCGGUGUCACGACGAGCCAGAGUGUGAUCUCGCCUACAGCCAGUACCUGUCCGCUUGCGAGGGGAACAUCCGCGGGAACAGGCGACAGUGUCCGAGCCACUGCAUCAGCGCCUUGGUGAGGCUGAACCAGACCGUCAGCGGCCCUGGCCUGGAGACGUGCGACUGUGGACAGGACGCACUGUGCCGGAAGUUGAAACAGGCCAUCGAGCCAUGCCUUCCCCGGACACAGCCGGGAGGCAUCGGAUGCACUGCGGCGCGUCAACGUUGCGAGGAGGAUGCCAGCUGCCAGUCCUCCCUGACGGCCUAUUUGACUUACUGUGGUCAGCUGUUUAACGGUCGGAAAUGCUCGUCAAGAUGCAAAAGCACAAUUCAGCAAAUGCUCUUUAUCCCUAACGGCAUGCUGCUCAACCAGUGCGUGUGCGACGGCGUGGAGAGACCGUUUUGCGAGGUGGUCAAGGAGAACAUGAGCAAACUCUGCAACAUCGGGGACGGCGGUGUGCCGUCAGACCACGCCGAGGUGGAUGACGUGUAUGAGGACGAGGACUACGAGUUUAAAACGGAGCGCGAGAUGCUGGACCCUGACACAGUGGUUUCGUAUUCAGGCUCGCCUGGGCUGCCCUGCCACAUGGUGGUGUUGUUGUUGAUGGUUCUCACACUAACCCUGUAGGGAAUCGACUUAGCCCUCUGGCUAAGCGCCAUGGGUCACCUCUGAAAUGUUACUGAUUGGAUACAGCCUGCCAUAGCAAAGACAGAGUUGGGGGUGGUUGAAAAUGAAAUACAGUCCACAGACAUUGACUUGUAUUUCCUAGUAAGAAUGGAUGCAAACUCAAGGCCUUUAGUAGGCCUCAGGCCGCCUCAGCCUGGACACUGAAUGGACUUUAAAGGAGGAGAUUAUCAUCUCACACUCGUGUCUGGGUAGGAUGCUGUUACACAAAUGAUUAUUUGAGGAGGAAGUGAACCUAGUCUGAUCCCCCUCUCCGAAUGACAAGAGUAUCAACACUGAGGCUGCCGGCCUGCUCCCUCUCCUGGUGUCCCCCUUGAACUUUUUUUCUUCCUGUUUGUUUUGUUUCCUCUCAAUAGCCCUUGAAGUAUGCCUUUAUUAAGACUGAAGGUAAACAGUGGGCCGUGUUUGCUCAGCACUGCACUUCGCGCCAGGCCCUUUUGUUGCAGCCAUCACCCUUCAAAUAUUUGUGGUGUGUCGCAGGGAAACAGACAAGGCUUUUUGGAUCAAGACGCUAAAUUAAGUGGAGAGGCUCUUCAGCAGUCACCCCACCCCCACCCCUCCCCUCCCCUUGCUACCCCAUUCCCCCCAUUUUGCCCUUUUUUUAAAAAAAACCUCUCCUUUUCUUCAACCCCCCUUCCACUCGGCUCUGCAGACCCAUUUUUUCUCCUCCUGGCAGUCAGAGGACACCCCAAAACACAAUAAUUGUGCUGUUAUUCGGCCUGAUUUUUCAAACAUGGGAUUGCAAGCCAUGUUGUGUAACUUUUGUACAUGGUGAAAGAAUGAAAGUUGAUCUGUUCACUAGAAUUCCACACAGUGUGGGUUUUUUUUGUUGUUGUUCCCUCUUACUGACCACAAUUUUGAAGGAUUUUUUUUGUUUUGUUUUUGUUUAAUGUACUGUAUGUGUGUUUCUUGGAGAUGAAGAAAACUUUUUAGAGUGGAAAGUUUUUGCCAGUUUUCUCCUUCCUUCUGCUGUUUUGUUUUCUGUUCUCCUCUGUCUGUUUUUUUGUCUUCUAAUGACUCUGACCUAAAGCUCUCUUUUUGACCCCAACUGGAUGACUUCUCCAUAGGGAAUAUGAAUUUAGUGCGAGGAGAGGAGGGGGCAAGCUAAAUUACGAAGCUCCAGUUCUGGCUAAUGUGUUUUCUUUCUGGAAAACAAAAUAUAUUGCCUGAACCUCAGCUAUAUGGACGGUUGGGCUCUACUAUUACAUUUGCUGCCUGAGGAAGUGUGUAACUAGUGUGGAAUGUGGGCUGAUAUUAGACUCUGGAGCUGAGAAACAGUCCUUUAAGUGGGCCUGCAAUGAAGAAAAGCCCUCCUGGGUUUGGGCAGAUGAAUUGGGACUGACUGGGUUGCUGUGGAGGGGGAGGUUGUGGGGGGUGGAUGAAGCACACUUUCCUGGUCUCUUCACCUUCAGUGACCUAGUUCUGUCAAGUGUUGCAUCUCCUUUUAGUUCAUUUUUUCUCUUCACAUAUCUGCACUCAUGUACACACACAAAACUAAGGUUGGGUAAAUAACAGUAUUUUUUCUUUAUAGUGUAAAAUGUGUGUUUAUUUUUGUUCAAUAUAUAGGACUGGCUUCCUGGAUGAGGACUUAAGAGUUGUCCCAGAAUAAAACACACUUUAGUUAACAUUAAAUCCUAAUCUGAGAGAAGUGAGCUCUGAUAUUUCAUCGCUGUUUACACAAAGUGUUUUUUUCUGUACAGAGAGUGAACAAAUAUUUAUAUGUUGAAAAUUUAAGGGAAUAAAAUAUGAAUGACAAAGAAAA